CCAUGAAACUGCCCAAGGGAGCCAGGAACUAUGUGUUCUAUGCACAGCACCCAGAGAAGGAGGAAGAGGUGCCCUCAUGGCAGGAGAUAAAGCAGACCCCUGUCGUCAUGGCCACAAUCAAAGGUCCAGGGCCUGCCAAGUACCUCCGGCCAUCCUGUACUGGCUAUGUAGCCCAUGACAUCUCCAUGUUUCAGGAGCCAGCUUACACCCUACACUCGAGGCACACGGAGAAACGGAUCAUAGACACAUACAGCCCCGGGCCUUGCUAUUUCUUGGAUCCCAAAGCGACUCGUUUUGGAAUAUCUACCUGCCCCCAGGUCCCCAUGGAGGAGCGCAUCUCCAAUCUCCGCCUAAGCACCACUCCAGCCCCCUGCCACUACAACCUUGAGAGGACUCGGCCCCCUGGGGAACGGACGGCUCCCCAGUACUCAAUUGGCUACCGGUGUCCAUGCAGAGUGAUGGAUCCCAACCCGGCCUCCAACCAGUACCAGCUGCCACUCUCACUGGGACCCAACACCCCCAUCUUCCGAGCCGCUCCCUGCUAUAGUCUGGGUUCCUCCAGCAAGAACUGGUUCUACAAAGAGAAUAUAGCGGGAGGUCCCGGACCUGCUAUGCAUGCCCGACCUGAGCCAUCCGUCUACCAGAACCGCAGCCCUGUGUUUAGCAUGGCCAAGCGCUUUGCCUAUCCACUGGACCACACACUUCGGCCUGGCCCUGGCUCCCACAAUGUCCAGCCGGUCACUGUGCACAAGCCCCGGAUACCUGCCUUCACCAUGGGCAUCAAACAUUCGCCCCACUUGUGCCCAUUGAUUGUGGACAUUCUUGACUGAGGCCAGUGCUGGUGCAUGCCCCUCCCUCCUCACAGAUGCUAUUAUUUUCCUAUACCACAUUGAGCAAUCUGAUAAUGGUUUCCCUUAGCAGAGCUGGUACCUGCUGAAGAGCCAGCACACAGAGGCAUUAGAUAAAUAUUUUUGUUUAUUCA